UCUAAAGCUAUAAAACAAUGAUAUUAGGACUAAAACUAGAAUGAUCAUGAAGUGAAUAAUUGGUUAAUGUUACUGAAAAAUGGGAAGCAAGCAGAGUCCCAAUCUUUUCCUUUUUCUUUGCCCAAUUUUCUUGAUCUUUGCUGCACUAUCAUCUCAAGUUUCUGCUUUUACUACUGAUUUUCCAAUAUUAAACAGGCCAAAUGAGUUCAUAUCAGAAGAAAGAAUUUUCCAACUUUUCCAAGAAUGGAAACAGAAGCAUGGGAAAGUUUACAAUAAUGAGAAAGAGCAAGAAAGGAGGUUGCAGAAUUUUAGAAGGAAUGUGAAGUAUAUAGUGGAAAAGAAUUCCAAGAGGAACUCAGAUUCAGAUCAUUUGGUUGGUUUGACCAAAUUUGCUGAUAUGAGCAAUGAGGAAUUUAGACAAGUUCAUACUUCCAAGAUAAAGAUACCCUUUAACAAGAGAAAGACUAUUCAGAUGAAGAAUGUGGAAAAAAAACCAACUUCAAUUUCUUGUGAUGCUCCUCCUUCAAGGGAUUGGAGGAAACAUGGGGCUGUCACUAAGGUCAAGGACCAAGGACAAUGUGGAGCUUGCUGGGCAUUCUCGGCAUGUGGAGCUAUGGAGGGAAUAAAUGCAAUAGUCACUGGUGAACUUAUUAGCCUUUCUGAACAACAACUUAUCGAGUGUGAUAGUUCAUGCAAUAAGGGCUGUGAAGGUGGACUUAUGGACCCUGCUUUUGAAUGGGUGAUCAACAAUGGUGGCAUUGAUUCAGAAGCCGAUUAUCCAUACAUUGCCUAUUCUCAAGGCUUUUGCAAUUAUAACAAGGUGAACCAUACGGUUUUAACAAUUGAUGGCUACCAAGAUGUUCAACAGGAGGAAAAUGCCCUUCUUUGUGCUGUUUCUCAACAACCUGUUAGUGUGGGCAUCGACGGAAGCAGCCCUGAUUUUCAACUAUAUAGAGGGGGAAUCUAUGAUGGAGAAUGCUCUAGUGAUCCAGAUAACUUAUCCCAUGCAGUACUAAUAGUAGGAUAUGGUUCUUAUGGAUAUGAUGACUAUUGGAUUAUCAAGAACUCAUGGGGUACAUAUUGGGGAAUGGAGGGGUAUGGAUAUAUAAGAAGGAACACAGAUUUGCCAUAUGGCGUUUGUGCCAUUAAUUCAUUGGCUUCUUAUCCAACGAAAGAGUCGUCUUCAGCGCCAUCUCCUUACCCAUCACCUGCCGUUCCCCCACCUCCCCCUCCGCCCCCUCCACCACCUUCUCCAAAACCAAGUGAAUGUGGAGACUUGUAUUACUGUCCAGAAGAUCAAACAUGUUGCUGUGAGUUGUACAUCUUUGGCAUAUGCUUCAUUCAGGGUUGCUGUCCUUAUGAAAAUGGUGUUUGCUGUCACGGAUCAGCCUAUUGCUGCCCAACUGAAUAUCCCAUUUGUGAUGUUUAUGAAGGCCUCUGCCUCAAGGAUUACGGAGGAGAAGUAGGAGUGGAAGCAAGGAAGAGAAGAAUGGCCAAGUUCAAGUUACCAUGGAGAACUAACACUGAAGCAACAAAGGGGAUGGACCAAACGCUCAAAUGGAAGAGAAAUCAUGUUGCUGCAAUGCGUUGAAACAAACACUUCUUAACCAUAAAACACAAAAACAAAUACUAAUAGACAUAAAUAUUCCUCAGACUUGUCCAGGAUUUGCAAUUAUGCAGCGGAAUAAAUACAUCUUUGAGUGAUGAUGUUUACAGAAAGCCUACUCACUCUUUUCUAGGGGUGAGUUUCAUUUUGUCAUAAUUUGAAUGGGCAUAAUUUAUGAAUAUAAAAACUCGAAACUUGUGAUCUUAAAUUAAA